AUGGGUUACAACGACAUCACCGGUCACGACACCGCCAAAGUCAUGGAUUCCGACAACGAAAAGGUGUACGCCGCCCCCCCGCCGUUCGAUGGGGACAUGGUGGGUGAGAUGAGCGAGGCAGAGCGAAAUAUCUAUGAUCACGGUGUCAACAAGUUCAACAGACUUGGGUGGAAGCGACUCACCGUCGUCCUCAUUGUCGAGGCCAUCGCCCUGGGGAGUCUGUCCAUCCCCUCGACCUUUGCGAAGCUCGGAAUGGUCGCAGGUGUCAUCUGUUGCGUGGGUCUGGGCCUGAUCGCCAUCUAUACCAGUUAUGUUGUCGGCCAAGUAAAACUGCUCUUCCCCCAGGUUGCCCACUACGCCGACGCUGGUCGUCUUAUGUGGGGCCGAUUUGGCUAUGAGUUGAUCAACUUCAUGCUCAGCUUAAUGCUGAUUCUUUUGACGGGUUCCCAUUGCUUGACUGGAACGAUCGCCUUUAUGAACAUCACCAAGAGUGACGUUUGUUCCGUGGUCUUUGCUGUGGUUUCUGCCGUUAUCCUGUUGUUACUGGCCGUCCCUCCGAGUUUCACGGAAAUGGCCAUCCUGGGUUACGUGGAUUUCGCCUCGAUUCUGAUCGCCAUCGGUAUCACCAUUAUUGGUACUGGCGUCGAGGCCACCAAUGCGCCCGGUGGCCUGGCAGCGGUGCCCUGGUCGGCUUGGCCAAAGGAAGGGCUAACCUUUGCGGAGGCAUUCAUCGCUAUUUCCAACAUCAUUUUUGCGUACAGCUUUGCCAUUUGCCAGUUCUCCUUCAUGGAAGAAAUGCACACCCCCAAGGACUUUGUGAAGUCGAUCUGGGCUCUUGGUAUCACUGAGAUCGUGAUCUACACUAUCACGGGUGCCACCAUCUAUGCGUUCGUUGGCCCGGAUGUGAAGGGCCCGGCUCUCCUCUCUGCGGGCAACACUCUCAGCCGAGUCGCUUUCGGAAUUGCCUUGCCCGUGAUCUUUAUUAGUGGCUCGAUCAAUACGGUUGUAUUUGGGCGUCUUGUCCACGGCCGUAUUUUCGCCAAUUCCCCGAUCCGCUUUGUUAACACCCCGAUGGGCUGGCUCACGUGGAUUGGCAUCAUUACGGCGGCCACCAUUGUCGCCUUCGUUGUCGCCGAAGUGAUCCCCUUCUUCGAAGAUCUGCUCUCGCUCAUGUCUGCGUUGUUCAUCUCUGGGUUCACCUUUUACUUCCCGGCGUUGAUGUGGUUUAUCUUGGUUCGGAAGGGCAGCUGGACUGAGCCGAAGAAUCUGGCGCUGGCGGCCCUCAAUUUUGUCAUUCUGAUCAUUGGCCUGGUGGUGUUGGUGGGAGGAACUUACUCGAGUAUCGAUGAUAUUAUCAACAACUACAAGACCGGCUCCGUUCGUGGUGUUUUCACCUGUGCCUCACCGGAAUAA